UGCCCGACGGCAGCCAUGGACGUGGGGGCGGCGGACUUCGCGCGCUGCCUGCCCAGCCUGCGGGACCGCGUCGGCCGCGCCGCUUUCCUGGGCCUGGACAUGGAGUUUACUGGCCUACAUUCAGUUUUCCUACAAAAUUACCAGCCCAGCUUGUUUGACUCCCCAGCUGAGCGGUACCGGAAGGUCAGGCAGAGUGUGCAGCGCUUCACCAUCACACAGCUGGGGCUAGCAAUAUUCUCAGAAGAAAAUUCAAACAAGUAUGUGGUGCAUUCAUACAAUUUCUUUCUCUUUCCAUCAACUUUGGGAGUUAUGGAUGCUGAAUUCACCCUUUCUGCAUCUAGCAUUCAAUUCCUGUCUCACUAUGGCUUUGACUAUAAUAAGUUCCUGAAAGAUGGAAUCCCGUACAUGAAUGAGUUACAGGAGAAGAUGCUUAGCCAGCGUCUCUUAGAGGGUAGCUGGAAAGUUUGCAGUGCUCUGAACAUGAAUGUUGUGAAGAAGACUAUUGAUGAAGUGACCUGUUGGAUAGCAGCAGCCAAGGAAGAGGACUCAAUGGUUCUGCAGGAUCUGAGUGAUUCUCAGAUGCUUGAUGUUCAACUGGUUCUGCGACAAGCUCUCCCAAACGUUUGGACAGAGCCUCUCGGAGACAACGAGGUAAUGGUGAAAAAAGUGAGUCCGCAGCAUCGUCGCCUUCUGGAAAGCUCUUCUCAUGACUCCUGCCAGAAGGAGCUCAUUCUCACAUCUGCCCGGGGCUUUACCAACCUUUUCCAGAUAAUUGUUAAAGCUAAAAAGCCUCUGGUGGGACACAACAUGCUGAUGGACCUCUGUCAUCUCCAUGACAAGUUCUACAACCCCCUGCCAGAAAGCUAUGAGGAGUUUAAAAAGAAUAUUCACCACCUGUUUCCUGUCCUCAUAGACACCAAGACUGUAACAAAAUCCAUCUGGAAGAACUAUCAGUUUCCUCGAGUAUCUAAUCUUCUGGAGGUGUAUGAGGUUUUGUGCAGCAGUGACUUAAAUCCCAUGGAUCCAUCGUGUCCAGUGAUUGCUCUUGCAAGCGACUCUGUGCGAUACGCUGAGAAGGCGGCUCCUCAUGAGGCAGCGUAUGAUGCAUUUCUCUGUGGUUCAGUUCUUCUGAAGUCAGCUCAUUUGCUGUUGUGCAGCUUGACAGACGAUGCAGCGAAGGCCAAUUCUUCUUUCUCUCAGUAUCUCACCAUGUUAGCCGAGUAUUUGAACAAGGUGAAUGUCAUCCGAGGUGGCGUCUCAAGCAUUAACUUUUCUGGGGAAGAUGCUUCCUGCCAAUACCCCCCUCCCUUGGUUGUCUGUGUUCGAGGUUGGCCACGGCUGGAUGAAAGGCAGAUCUACCAGGAGUUGCAGCCUCUUUGUCGCUUUGAUAUUAGACGGCUUUCAGAGAAUCAAUUCAUUUUGCUCUCCAAUAGAUUUAAGCAUGUCAUUCGUGUUCUGCGUGAUUACAAAAAUCACCCUAAGCUGCAGAUCUCUGUCUAUCGCCACUGGAGGCACUCUCCUCAUGUGAACUGCCUGUUAAAAGUCUCUGGUAUUGUGGCACUUUGGUCUCUGUUGGCCUUUGUGCUUGGAGGAUCUCCUUCCUGUUCACCAUAAAUGACUCUCAGAUGAGCUCUGAGGAACAGAUCCUUUUUUCUUUUCUUUUUUUUUUUUUUUAAAUGUUUGUUUUGUUUCAUUUUCAUUACAUUCAAUAAAGUA